AUGACAAAACGUCUACCCCCAGAACUCAAGAAACACAGAAGGUCUAUUCAAAAGGCCUGUGUUUUCUGUCACGAAAAACAUAUCCAAUGUGAUGUUAGCAGACCUUGCAAAAAUUGUGUGAAGAGGAACAUUACAUCUUCUUGCACAGACAACAUCCGGAAGAAACGGAAGGCAAACAGUCCUAGGGAAAUUAAAAGUCCCUCUACAGACUAUGAAGUCUCUACUACUGAUAUUAUGGACGAUGUAAUGACCGUUAUAAAGAAAGAGACCUAUUUUGAGACCGACCUCUCAGGUCAAGAGACAGUUUUCAGUCCAGAUCAGGACUUCGAUAGUAUGUGGGCUAAUGAGGAAUAUAUGAAAAUGAAGGAAUUUUUGGAUGACCCACAAUGCCUUCAGGAACCAGAUGUAGCUUCGAUUCAGUUAAAAAAAGGCAAGGUGAGUAAUACCGAUGAGUCAUUAUUAGGUAGAGCAUUCACCGAUUAUAGUGUAACGAACUCAAUAUCCAACUCCAACUCUAAUUCUGACAGGAAUGGAAGUAUCCCUAGUACCGACACUGUUUUCUCUAAGCCUUUCAUUUCAUUAGAUAUGUUGAGUGAUUCAUCGUUGAACGAUUUCUCACCAAUUGAUGAAAAAGAUUUCCUUAAGGAGGAAGAUCAAAGGGAUCAAUUCGAUUCACUAUGUGAACCUUCAAUCAUUACUGAAUCGAUGAAUAAUAAUAACAUCAUCAAUAAUAACAAUGGCGAGUCCAAUAUUUCACCUCUUCAAUUUCGUAAAGGGUUUCCUUCUGUGAAGGACCUCUAUACCAAUCAGGAUUUGAUCAAACCUCAUAAUUAUCAACUUGCGUAUGCUCAAAUGAAGAACAUUUUACAAGAUAAAUUUUCUAUAGAGGCUGACCAAAGAUUAUUACCAACUUUAAUCAAAUCUAUCAUGGAUAACUAUGCCCCAAGAUUUACAAGCCUAAGUUCUAGUAUGAUUCCAGAGGAUUUAGUCUUCCAAGAGAUUAUGUUGCAACGACUUUUAUUUCAAAUGGAAGACACCGCAACUCUAGUCAAUUGUACACCAAUGGCCGUUUGGAGACGUACUGGUGAGCUAUGUUUCACUAGUAACGAGUUCUUAUCCUUAACUGGUUUCACCAAAUCCGAAGUCUUUUCUACCAAUAGGUUUAUCUUUGAAUUUUGGGAUAAUGAAAGUAUCCUAGAUUAUUUUAACAAAUUUGAAAAAGUGCUGGCAUUUGGGGAUUCAAACAUCGAAUCUCCAGAGACACUUUUAAACAAAACUAAUUUUGGUCGUUGCACAUUAAUUCUGAAAAACAACGCCAAAUUAAACUGUGCCUCAUGUUGGACUGUUGUCAGGGACAACUUCAACAUCCCAUUGUUGAUUAUGGGCCAAUUUUUACCAAUUUUUAGCAAACAACAACAAUAA